UUGCAAGUCUCCAGGAUCCAUUUCUUUUUGACAGGAGCAAAUGACUUCUGUUUCUGUGUCAGAGACGUGGCCUUUGCUCUUCCAAGAACUUGAUGAUAUUUCUCAAAAUGAUGAACGUAAACAGAGGAUUGUUGGAAGAACUGUAUAAAGGUUUCCUUUGAUUGGGAAGCUGAGAAGAGUCUCAUCAUGGAGAAGCAGCAGAUUGUGUUGGGGAACCGGGACGGGGGGUCUGUGUCAGGGGCAGCACCUGCUUUUUUUGUCAUCUUGAAACAGCAGCAGGGAAAUGGCAAAGCCGACCAAGGGAUCCUGGUAGCGAACCGUGACGCUUGUGCGCUUGCUAGCAGCGUGGCAGCCCCGGUCAAAUCCAAAGUGAAGACCUGCCUCCCUGCUGACUGUGUCUCCGGGGGCAUCACCGUGACCCUCGAUAACAACAGCAUGUGGAAUGAGUUCUACCAUCGCAACACGGAGAUGAUCCUGACGAAGCAGGGCAGGCGCAUGUUCCCGUACUGCCGCUACUGGAUCACGGGUCUGGAUGCCGGCCAGAAGUACAUCCUGGUCAUGGACAUUUCGCCCGUGGACAAUCACCGGUACAAGUGGAAUGGGCGCUGGUGGGAGCCCAGUGGGAAGGCCGAGCCGCAUGUGCUUGGCCGAGUGUUUAUUCAUCCGGAAUCGCCUUCCACAGGCCAGUACUGGAUGCACCAGCCCGUAUCCUUCUACAAGCUCAAACUUACCAACAACACCCUGGACCAGGAGGGCCAUAUAAUCCUGCACUCCAUGCACCGCUACCUGCCCCGGCUCCACUUGGUGCCUGCAGACAAGGCCACCGAAGUCAUCCAGCUCAAUGGCCCCGAUGUCCAUACCUUCACCUUUCCCCAGACCGAGUUCUUCGCUGUUACAGCAUACCAGAACAUCCAGAUUACCCAGCUGAAAAUAGAUUACAACCCUUUUGCUAAAGGAUUCAGAGAUGAUGGGUUGAACAGUCGACCUCAACGUGAUUUGAAGCAAAACAGUAACUUGGAAUUGGAGACGGGUAGUGUUUCCAGCUCUCCCAGCCACCGCGGUCGCCCCGUGGAGGGUGAUGCAUUAGAGGUGCAUCAGAGAAGUUUAGAUCCUUCGUUUGUUGUUCAGAAUCCAUCAGAUAAUGAUUUGGAGAAAGAAUCCUUUAAUGCAGAAAGGGACUUCCUGGGUUUCUUGGACACUGAGCUGCCUCCAGGUGAUAUGCCAAAGCUAAAACAAGAGGUCUCUGAAAGUCCCAUUGCUAGCAGUUAUGAAAGCAGUUCCCGGGUGACAUCCCCACUGGAUCCAAGCGGACACUUCAAUGUUGUCAUUAAAGAGGAGCCAGUGGAUGACUAUGACUAUGAGUCCAAUAUUUGCACUCAAGGAAUAACUGUAAAACAAGAAGAAACGGAUGAAGAAACGGAUGAAUAUUCCAACACAGAUGAGGAUGAUCCCACUGGAGAAAAACACCUGAGGAAGUACAGUGAUAUGGAAGGGAAUGAUGGAGAGUUCAGGCCCCGGAAGCGGCUACUCGCCAGUCCUUCAGGUGUUGCCAGAGCAAAAAUGUUAAAACUAGAGAGCGGGAAGAUGCCUGUAGUCUAUUUAGAACCAUGUGCAGUCACAAAGAGCACGGUGAAAAUAUCCGAGCUGCCUCAGACCAUGCUGACUGCUUGCAAGAAAGAGAAAUCCCCCUUGAGCGCAAUUCUGGAUUCCUUGCCUGCUUGUUUUGAAAAUCACCAAGGUUCCUGCUUAAGCACUGCCAUCCUCACUGAGGAAUUAGCUAUGAGAAAACAGUCUUCUAUGAGCAAACUGGCACAGAAAUACUGUUCAAUGAGAGAAGCCCAGUGGGCUCUAUCUAAAUCACCAAACUUCAGUCUCAGGGGCUCAGUCGGUUGCCACUUUUCAGCUAAAGAGAUCUGUGGCAGAAAAAGGACUGGAAUGCUCAAGAACCCUCUCUGCCACAAAGGCCCUGGUACCAGUCAAAAUGCCAUGUCCUCAGGUCCAAAUAAAAGAGGAAGACCACGGAAACUCAAAAUCUCCAAGGCUGGUCGUCCCCCUAAAGGUUUAGGGAAAGCUGUAAUAACGAGCAAGAACAGCUCUCUGGGGCCUGGGAGUGUCCCUCCGGAUGUGAAGCCAGACCUUGAAGAUGUAGAUGGAGUCCUUUUUGUGUCCUUUGCAUCAAAGGAAGCUCUUGACAUACACACUGUUGACAGAGUUGAAGGAGAAGAAUCACAGAAUCUUCAGGCUCCUUUGUUAGCUACAAAUGAUCCAGACUGUCAAGCAAGAAUACAAGUACUGGAAAAGGAGUUGAUGGAGGAGCUGAAGACUUUGAGGCAUAAGCAAGUGAUACAUCCCAGCCUUCAGGAAGUGGGACUGAAGCUGAAUUCUGUGGACCCAACGCUGAGCAUCGACUUGAAGUACUUGGGUGUGCAGCUGCCUCUUUCCUACUCAAAUUAUUCUUUGUGGAACUAUCUAGGAACCAAUCCCAAUUCUCCAGAUACUGGAUUUCCUUUUGUUUCCAGAACAGGAAAGACGAAUGAUUUCACCAAGAUUAAAGGCUGGCGAGGAAAACUUCAUGGUGCUUCUAGAAAUGAAGGUGGUAGUUCAGAAGGCUCCUUGAAGAAUCGCUCAGCGUUCUGCAGUGACAAGCUGGAUGAGUAUCUGGAAAAUGAAGGGAAGUUGAUGGAAACUAGUAUGGGAUUCUCUCCUAGCGCGCCCACUUCUCCCGUGGUGUAUCAGCUUCCCACCAAGAGCACUAGCUACGUGCGAACGCUAGACAGCGUUUUAAAGAAGCAAUCCACCAUAAUUCCAUCAACAUCUUACACGUUCAAGCCUGUUUCUAUGUCAUCUACCUCUAGAAGGACAAAGACUCAAAGCAGACAGUCGUCUUCAAACAGAGCAAAAUCAUCCUACAAGCCUAUACUGCCUUCACCUUUUUCUGCAAAGCAGAAACACAGCACGGCAGCAUCAGGGGAAAAGGCUGCCAAGUCCCUCUCGAGUAGCAGUUUGAGUAACCAUGCAGAUAAUUUCAUGGUGCCAGCUCUGGAUGAAAAUGUGCUGCCAAAACAGAUCAGCCUGCGCCACGCACCGCAGCAGCAGCAAGCAGCUCGUCCCCCGGGGUUGUCUAAAUCUCAAGUCAAGUUAAUGGACUUGGAAGACUGUGCUCUGUGGGAUGGGAAACCACGGACCUACAUUACCGAAGAACGAGCAGACAUCUCUCUGGCAACCUUGCUCACAGCUCAGGCUUCACUCAAAAACAAACCUAUCCAUAAAAUCAUAAGACGGCGAGCACCUCCUUGCAAUAAUGACUUCUGCCGCCUGGGUUGCAUCUGCGCCAGUCUGGCACUAGAGAAACGUCAGCCCUCCCACUGCCGCAGGCCAGACUGCAUGUUUGGCUGUACUUGCUUGAAGAGAAAGGUGUUGCUGGUAAAAGGAGGAUCAAAACAUAAGAAAAUCCUGAGAAAAGCUGUGCGUGGGAAUCUCGUGUUCUAUGGAUCCCAAGAAGAGCAGCAAGAGGAUGAAGAUGCAGAGGAAGAGGGUAACGGGGAAGACGAUGAACAGAGGCAGAAAGAUAAAAGGAAGAGAAAAAGGGUCGAAUACACUAUCUGUGAUUCAGAGCCAGAACAACCUAUUAGGAAUUGUCCACUGUGGGUGAAAGUAGAAGGUGAAAUAGAUCCUGAGCCAAUUUACAUCCCAACACCAUCUGUUAUUGAACCGGUUAAGCCUGUGGUUUUGCCUAACCCAGAAGUCUCGUUUUCUAGUAAGCAUAGAUCUUCCAGUGGAAUGAAACCAGGCAGAGUGUAUACUCCCAAACCCAACCCAGUGAUUCGAGAAGAGGACAAAGAUCCUGUCUAUUUGUACUUUGAAAGUAUGAUGACCUGUGCAAGGGUCCGAGCAUAUGAACGCAAGAGAGAGGAGAAAAAGCAACAGAAAGACCAAUGCAAUCCAAAGAGCGGUAGUGUAAAGGAGCAGGAAUCAGACCCUCAGCCUCCUGAGAAGGCAGUCUGUAAAGUGGACAAAGACACAGAUAAAUCUAGAGAGAAAAGCUGGUGGUCUUCCCGUAGUGAGGGGGAUUCUUCCUCCACCUCCCAUGUUCAUCACACCUCUCCAGGUGGACCAACCAAACUUAUCGAGAUUAUCUCUGACCGCAGCUGGGAGGAAGAUCGCACUAAGAUCUUGACCAUCUUAUCACAGCAUGUCAGCAGUAACAUUCCACAGUCCCUCAAAGUGGGUAGCUUCCUUAUUGAAUUGACUUCAGAGCACAAAGCCUGGGAUGAGAACAACCCUCCUGCCUACUCGUCCAGAAUGAAAAUUUCAGUGCCUUCUUGCAUGGACAAAGAUGAGAAGCCCAAGAUCCCUGACUUGGAGACUCCCGAUGGUGGAGUGGUACCGUGCAAACACCUGGAAAACUCAAAGUUCUCGCGGGCAGACACCUUGGACAAACUACAGGAGAAGUUGCAUGGGGGUAAAGGCUUGCCUUUUUAUGCAGGGCUUUCUCCUGCAGGAAGGCUGGUCGCCUACAAACACAAAGCUAAUAUGAGCCCCUCAGGCUUGAUUCAGGUUAAUGGUAAAAGUUAUCCUCAGGCCAAACUGCUUUUGGGACAGAUGGGGGCAUUACAUCCCGCCAAUCGGCUAGCUGCUUAUAUCACAGGCAGGCUGCAGCCCACAGUACUUGAUAUCUCCACCCUCAGUACUGUGAUCUCCAAGGUAGCCUCCAAUGCUAAAGCAGCUGCUCCCGGGACACCAUCAGUCCAGGUGCCCACAGCAUCAACUCCCCAAACUACAUCCUCCACCAGCACUACUUCAACCCCCACUGUGACGACUCUGAAAGCUCAUGUCCCACCACAGAGACAGAUAGCUGCACGACCCUCCCCUGGUGGGGUGUUCACCCAGUUUGUGAUGAAUAAAGCCGGAGUCCUGCAGCAGAAGAUCCCAGGAGUAAGCACGCCCCAGCCUCUGUCAGGCCCACAGAAGAUCAGUGUCGGGCCAACACCGAUAAUGGUUGUUGCUCCCGUGGUUCCCUCAAAGCCAUCUUCAGUUAACUGCCCUGGGCUCACUACAACCACCACUACUUCUCCAGUCACUGUAGAAAGUUCCAGUGUAGCAGUAGCUACUGUGAGCACUGCGAGCCAAGCAAGAGCUGGUGAACUUGCCUGCUCUCCUCCUGGAACUACAGGAACUCCAGGGCCUGCAGUCACAGGUGCUCCUGCAACACCUGCCAUUGCCACCUGCGCCGCUCCCUCGCCCACCACCCCUGCCACCACUGUGAACACAACAAAAGCUACGGGGGUAGCUACAUCAGCAACAACCGUAUCGCUCCCUAAAACCAUUGCAACAACGUCAACAGCUCCUCGUCCUGUCCCCGCAACGUCCACCUCCACGGUCGUGCUGACGACAACUGCAACAGCUACAUCUGUGGUGACCACCCCAGCUUCCUCUGCUGGCUCUGUUCCAAUUAUACUCUCAGGAGUUAACCCAAGUCCUACACUGAACCCCAAACCAGAAGAUGCUGUUCCCCAAGCUACAACUAAAACUCCCCCAAAGAUGUCUCCUGGAGCAGAGAAGCGCAUCGGAGGACCUCGGCUGCUCUUGAUCCCAGUGCAUCAGACGUCCCCCGCUUUGCGACCGUUAAACAACGUGCAGCUUCCUCCGAGGCAGAGGAUGGUCCUUCAGCCUCUCAGGAGCCCUGGUGGCGUGAACCUCUUCAGGCACCCGAACGGACAGAUCAUUCAGCUGGUCCCGCUGCAGCAGUUCCGAGCUGCUGGCGCGCAGCCCAGCACGCCGCCGGUCGUGUUCCGCAACCCAGGAUCUGUUGUAGGAAUUCGAUUGCCUGCCCCUUCUAAGCCUCCCGAGUCACCUGUAUCUCCCACUUCCUCUGCGUCUUCCACUUCUCCUGUCACAAAUUCAGCCACACAAACUGAGGGACCAAAGUUACCCUCUACAGCUAACCUGGUCACCCAAGCAUCUUCUCUUCUUCCUUCGGUACCAAGUUUUGUCUCCCAGGCAGGCACUCUGACUCUGAGGAUCUCUCCCCCUGCUGCUAGCAGCAUGGCAAAUCAAACGGGCACUGAGACUAAAAUAACCUGCAGCUCAGGGGGUCAACCAACUACUACUGCGAGUCUCAUACCUUUACAGUCUGGAAGUUUUGCCUUACUUCAGCUCCCAGGACAAAAGACGGUGCCAAACUCCAUUCUUCACCAUUUUGCAUCUCUCCAGAUGAAAAAGGAUUCCAAGAAUGCAGUGCAGAAAGAUGACUCAGGGACUGCUCAGCAGAAGGAGAAUGGGAAGACCUCACGCUCGGAGGAGGCUGAGGUUGUGGAGUCAGAGGUCACAGUAUCAGAUAGCAAACCAGAAGAAAACGAGGGGUCAGGAAAUCAGGGAAAAAAUGCUGAAAAGUCAGCAACUGACAUCAUCAAACCUGAGAGCAAUUCCUCUUCAGUGGAGACUGUGGAGAAGGAUUCGGGUGUGCUAGAGAGUUCUUCAGAUGGUGCUUCCUCCCUUCAGCACGACGUGUCUGCAGAUGUUGUAACAUCGGAUCAUUCAUACAUCAGUGAGAAGCCAACCGAUGAGCAAAACGGUGUGGUCACUGAGGAGAAAGAGCACUCUGUCCCUUCUGAAGCUGUAGUAGAGGCUGUUGCAACCAGCUCUGAAACUGUAUGCGGGUCCUCAGAUGAGCCUUCAGUUGCUCCUGUAGAUAGUGUACACGCACAGAGUCCCACGAGUCGGGAAACUGCACAGCUGAAGAGUUGUGGAAAGGAACAGCUAUGUGCUGAACACACGGAGAAGCAAGGAAAAGAGAGAGAGAAAGAUGUUCAGGUACCAAACAGAGAGGGCAACAAAGCAAACGCUGGGCAGCCACAGGGUCAGAAAGAGCAAGAUGGACAUCUAGAGAACAAGGAGAAGGACCAGAGAGGCAGUGAACCACCUCUGAGCAAAAAAGAACAUCUGGAUGGUGCUACUGUGCAACCAGAAAUGGAAAGGAAGGAAUGCAAGGACUCUACAGCUGAAGCUGAAGGUGUGAAAGAGAAAAAAGGAAGGACGUCUGAAACUAGUUCUGCGAAAGAGCAGGAAAACACUUCAGGAGAAAAGCAGAUGGAACAUAAUGGGGAAGGCAAAACAAACGUAGCUGUGCAGGAAACCAGUAACAGCUCUUCCCAAGAGCAAGGUGCUGCUGAUGGUCAGGAGGAGGUGAAAGCAGUUAAGGAUGUGGUGAUACACACCAACAGUUCCUGGAGCAAAAUAUCCAGCAUUGCACCUGCCCUAGAAAACAGAAGCGAUUCAGGUAACAAACCUGAUGCAUCUGAUAAAGGGGACUUCCUGGUGCCAGAACAGCGGGCACAGGAAUCCAGGCAUCGCAAAAAGGAUGACAUGCCCACUAUUGAUAUUACUGCUGAUGAUAUGGAAGAGGAAGAGGAGGAGGAAGAUGACGACGACGACGAUGAGGAGGAUGAAAAAACUGAUGAUUCUGCUGAUGAGAUGCUGGAUGGUGCUUCUGACUUCCCAAGUGAAGAAGAAGUAGAUGUUGAAAAAGUGGAUGCGUGUGAAUACAGUGAGGAUGACGAGCAGGUGGACAUUGAGACCGUGGAGGAGCUUUCAGAGAAGAUUAACAUUGCCCGUCUGAAGGCCACAGCUGCCCAUAUCCGACCUUCCAAACAGAAAUACCAUGCUCGUAAUUCUUCGGAUGAGAAAUUAUCAGAAAAACCUACGAAGCAGAAACCUCACUUCUGGAACAGAAAGCAGAAAACGGAGGCAGAGGCCUUUGCUCACUACCGACAGACCCACACGGCAAACGAGCGGCGGCGGCGGAAUGAAAUGAGAGAUCUCUUUGAAAAGCUGAAGAGAGCUCUGGGGUUGCACAACCUUCCCAAGGUCUCCAAAUGCUAUAUUCUCAAGCAAGCAUAUGAAGAAAUCCAGGGAUUGACUGAUCAGGCAGAUAAACUUAUCGGACAGAAGAACUUGCUGAGUCGCAAACAGGAUGUUCUAAUUCGUAAAGUGUCCACGCUUUCAGGGAAAACAGAAGAGGUUGUGCUGAAGAAGCUAGAAUACAUUUAUGCCAAACAAAAAGCAGUAGAAGCACAAAAGAAGAAGAAACAGCCUGAGCCAGAGGAAGCUGUUGUAACCUCAACAGCUAGCACACAGCAAGAAGCAUCUGCUGCUCCAUCCAGAGACCUGGGCCAAGUGGCUGUAACCAACAGAAGAGGGAAGCCACUAAUACUUGCCAGAAAAGGAGGCCAUGCUAAAGAGGAAACUUCAUCUUCUCUUACACUAACUGCUGCAAGCCUAGUGAUGACUCCACAAGGGCAGGUGCUUACGCUGAAGAGCCCGUUAGUACCAGGGCAGGUGGCAGCUGUUCCUUCCACGCUCUUGCAAGCUGAAUUAAAGCCUCGAGCUGCCACCACUACCAUGACAACACAGCAAGGUAUCGCUUCUGUGAUGAUUCAGCUGCCGGGAUCAACAGUUCCUGUCCAAGUAAAAGGAAUCCUUACCAACUCCACCAUUCCCAUUACACUGUCAACUGUUGCUGGAAACCCAGUGCCCUCAACAGUAGUACCAGCUGCAGAGCCCAGUUCAGAAAUUGAAGAUUCAUUCAUGAUGCCAAAGAUUGUUAAUGUAACAUCACUGGCUGCUGAAGGAAGUAUGAACCUAAACCUGAACAGAAAUAAAGGCUCUAGUGCAACGGCCACUGCAGGUACUCAGAUUUCUGAGAAGUCCGUGGCAGCUGCACCUCCCGAGAGCAGGAAAAGCGAUAGCAUCCUCUCUGAAGAAAAAGGCAAGCCGUGUGCUGCAGACAGUGGCGGAGAUGGCAGAAGUACCACAGGUCCCACAAAAGUUUUCUUUGAAAAUAAAGAUGCCUUUCCGCAGCUCCGGAAUGUGCCAUGUGCAAAGGAGCCUCCAGAUUCCUUUAGUAAAAAGCUCUGUGUUGGGGAGUUCGUAGGAAGCCAAGCCAGGAGGAAAGACAGUGAUCCUGGAAGGGAAAGGUUAAAAACAAAGGAGUUGCCAUUCCACAAGCUGCAGAUUAAAGAUUCCAGAAUAGAAAUGGAGCUGAGAAAAGUGGCUUCCGCAAUGGAAGAAGCAGAACUGGAUGUGGGUGAGCUGCUGGGCAGCAUUGAGGAGAGCGAUGACACUGAUGAAACCCUCACGUCGCUGCUCAAUGAGAUUGCCUUCCUCAACCAGCAGCUGAACGAUGAUGCCUCAGGCAUGUCAGAGCUACCCAGCGCUCUAAACUCGGACUUCUCUCAUGGAGAUUCGGAAGUUCGGCGGGGAACAACCAGUGAUCUCAGUGCUGCGGAUAGUUCUUCCUUCCAGUUUGGCCCUUUGGGAGGCAGUUUUAAGGACCUUUCUGAAGUUCCAGAGGGCGGUGGUUCUAUAAGUCCUCUCCUGCUGCACCUGGAGGACGAUGACCUUACUGAUGGGGACAAGGCCUCCGGGGAGCCUUCAUCUGAAGCAGAUGUUCUAAAGAUAGUAAUUGGUGCUGAAAUGAAGGAUUCACUUCCCAAUCCCAGUGGUGAAAGUGGCAAAAUGGUAACAUCCCCUAUGGAGUCAGCUAGUGCGACCCCACCAGUUUUGCAGAUGAAGACGAACGCAGAAGCUGGUAAUGCUGACACUUUGUGGAGGCCCAUGCCCAAAUUGGCACCACUUGGCCUAAAAGUGGCAAGUCUGCCAGUGGACUCGGAAGGACAGAGUGCUAAAGUGAUGCCCCUACUGGCUCCUGUAGUUGCAAAAUUGACACCCACUGGGUCAAAAACUUCAUCAUCUGCAACUGUUCAAGAAGGCCAGGAUAACAAAGUAAUGCCCACUUUAGCACCCGUGGUUACAAAAUUGAGUAAUAGUGGGACCUUGCCUUCCAAUUCAACAGGCAAAUAAAUGCAUAUAUUUUUUUCAAAAACUGGAAAGAAAAUCUGGAGCAGCGUGAACUAAUAUCUGAGUUUCGCAACCUCCCUAAUUUGCAACUCUCAUUUUCUAUAUGGUUUCAGCACUCUGUUCCUGAGGGCAGGCCCCGAAGUGAGACAUAAGUGCUAUGAAACUUAAGUCAUGUUGACGUAUUUUUACCUCACUGUUGCAUUCUGGAUACUUUCCUUCCCCUUCACAAAACAAAGAGGAUGAAAUAUAACCAUUGCUGGGCACAUGGUCUCCUUCCCAAAUUGGAUCCUUCACAGAAAUAAUUUGUAAAAGGACCGAGAUACCCAGGCUAUAGAGAAAGAUUUUUCCCAGCAGAGAGGCAGUUUUCUGCGAUUGAGGAAAAAUCUGUGUUACUUGUUUUUAUAUCAGGCGAAUUAUCUAUGCAGAAAUGAGAUUAUUCAUAUUUGCUACUUCUACUCGCAGAAUAUGAUGAAUGUGCAGAAAUGAGAUUGGAGUUGCUCUCACCCUUGUUACCUAGAGUGGAGGAAAGGAAAUGGGAUGUUUAGCAGAGUGCUGAAGUGAAAACCUUUCUCUUCUUUGGUGCUAGAUAGUUCUCUGGUAUAGGCUCUUUUUAGGAGCUUAUGCCCAGAAGAUUUUCAUACAUGUCUAGAACUCCCACCAAAUGGGGAAGAUGCUGAUCUUUUCCGGGGUAGUUAGAGCUGGGACAGCAUGUUAAGUAUAAAAGGAAAAUGAUAAUGCCACCCUGCACCCUGCUUUCUUCUCACCCUCUAUACAAGCAGCUCUUCCCUUGGUGAUGCUUGGGGCAUCAGAAGGGAAAAUUUCCGAGAAGUAAAUCUGAGCACCCCCUUGCUAAGUCUUCAGCUCCAGCGCUGAAGCAGCCUAAGUGUAUUCCCAGUUCUCUUAUUUUCUUUCCUCCCCUUAUUCUGGAAGAUGUGUUUGGUGGCUAGGAUAUGCUAAUAGGAAGUGUUGCUUCUUAAAAGUACAGAACCCUUUCAGGACUGUUGUAACAAAAUUACUGAGUGAGGUGUAUAUGUGAAUGUAAAUAUGAAAAUACAUGUGUAUAUCUUUCCAAACCUUCCAUUUCUCUACAAAUUCAGGAAAGGUACUCAGAGGCUUCUCACUGCAUUUGCACAAGAUGUGUAUAGCGCAAAAAAAAAAAAAAAAGAAAAAAAAAACUCAACGAAAAUGCUCAUUACCAGGGAAAUAGGGCAGUAUUGAAUCACAAGAUGUAUUUUUUAUUCUUUUCUGCCACUGCUUACUCAACCUGUAGGAGCUCUUCACUGUUCAGCUAUUGGACGCAAAGGGCCUGCAGACUGUAAAGAUAUUUAUAUUUUUGUACACAAUUUUUGUUUUCAGAGUUUCCUUGACAAAUGAAAUUUUGCGCCUAUGAGAGAUGCUUUGUUCAUGAGCAUAUACACGGCCUUUCCCUGCCAGCCUUGUAAAUAACAGAAGUCACCGUGCGCUUGAGGGGCUUCUGCAGGGCUCCUGCAAGGUGAAAGCCGUGCUGUGAAGAGGAUCCCGCGCCGGCCGGAGCUAGGAGGUGCAUUGGGCUCCGUUUGGGAGCGAAUCCUCGUGCUGCCACUGCCUUGGGCCCAGCCGCUGCCCGCCGGUGGGUGAGGCGCUGUGGCGGCCAUUUUGCGGCGCUGCUGAGGGCGACAUUUUGUGGCAGGAGAGGAGCGGCGCCGGCCGCGCCCAGGGCGACCCCAUGCCCUGGUCAAUAAGCUGCAUUUUCAGGAUCUGUGUCUAGGAUAGGUUUGCCGGGGAUAGGCAUCCUUUGGGUGUUUCCUUGUCUGUUUUUAUGGUUUUAUGUUAACGCUGCAGAGCGGAGGGAAUCCAUUCUUCAAGCUAGGGAGGCACGAAGUUACUCCAGAGGCUACAUGAAAUGACGUUGUCUUCACCUGACCAUUUUAAAUGGUGUGUUUUAAAGUUGCACACAACUUUUAUUGCCUUUUGCAUAUUUACUCUUUUAAGGUUUCAUGCAAGUCAUGUAUUAAUGAAUUGAAAAAGAGAAUACAAGUCAGCAUGUGAGCCAUGCAGGAUCUUACUGCCUUAGAAAAGGGAACUAGCAUAUGAAUACAUGUUGACACUUUUUUUUUAAUAUGAAAAGUUUUAACCUAAUUUUAAAUCAUUGGAAAUCUGGAGUAAUGUUGCUGAGUAUUUCUAAUAGGCUGAGGUUGCUUUGCUGUUUUGUUUUUCUUUUUUUUUUUUUCCUUUUUGUAAAGGCAGCUUGUUUUGUGAAUAGAUUCCAUUCGUCCAGUGUAUGAAAGGGCAACCAGGACUGUGCUGUCAUUCCUUUGGUUUUCCUAAUCACUGAAUUGUCUUGCUGUACCCCUUCUUGCAUGGUCCUGAAUAGCUCGUUUUAAUUGCAGAAAUACGUACUAAUAAGUUUCUGAACACUUUUAAAAGUGUAUAUUGUCACCUCCCAGAGAAAACAGGAAUUCAAACUAUUUACAUGUUAUUUAAAACAUGCCCUGUGGUCCUGAGGAGUUUUUUUUCAUUGUGAAGAUGGAGAAUGCCUGUUGUAUUUACUGGAUGGCACUGGGCAAUGAGGACUUUUUGCUGCUGUAAAAAUACUGUAAUGGUGACAGCAGAGAAUUUUAGCUUCUAAGCGUGAUCACUGAAUUAACUAGGAAUAGGUCUCAAAUUCAGCUGCAAAAAGUACUACUUGGUGCUCUUCCAAGGAUAUGUGAUGGGUUCUGCUUGGCAACAACGCGUGUUGGAAAUGCUCAUUAGUCUCUGCUUCUCCUUGUUCCACCAUCUCAUGUCAGCAGCUUAAUGCUUUGCUCUGAGUGGAAAUGGUGACUUCC